UCCCGGAGCGGAGCGGAGCUGACCGCGGUGCUGAAACAUGAACCAGAGCGCGGGAGCGGUGCAGCACACCCGGAGGUACUCCGUGGAGGGGGGCAAGGACAUCGGACCCAUCGGGGCAGACAGAAACUGGAAGGGCAUCGGCAUCUCUCUGCUGGUUAUCGUGCUGGUGCUCUCGCUCAUCGGGCUGUCCAUCAUUCUGCUGUCUAAGGAUGAUAGCGGGAAAGGUUUCGGCUCACAGCUGACACUGGACGACCUCUUUGAAAGAAGCUUCCAAAUACAUGAUCCAGACGCAAAGUGGAUCAAUGUGGAGGACAUCAUCUUUCGGAGUUGGGACGGCAAUGUCUUCAAAGUCAAGACAGAAGGAAACGAGACAGACCUGCUGCUGAAAAACACCACGUUUGCAACUUUCAAGGCUUCAAAGUUUGCAGUUUCUCCAGACCUAAAUUUUGUUCUUCUGGGAUACGAUGUCAAGCAGGUCUACAAGCAUUCCUAUUUGGCAUCAUAUUUGAUCUACAACUUGUACACAAGGGAGGUGCGGGAGCUCAACCCUCCAGAAGUGUCCGACUCCGUCCUCCAGUUUGCCUCGUGGGGCGUUCGAGGUCAGCAGCUGCUGUACAUCUUUGAGAACAACAUCUACUACCAGACAGACGUUCAGAGCAGCUCCUGGAGGCUCACGUCCUCGGGACAGGAGGGCCUCGUCUUCAAUGGCAUUGCAGAUUGGCUCUACGAGGAGGAGGUGUUGCACACUCAAGCAGCUCACUGGUGGUCACCCGACGGCUCUCGGCUGGCCUACCUCACCAUCAACGACUCGCUGGUCCCCACCAUGCUUCUGCCCCGCUUCACGGGCUCUCUGUACCCCAGGGGCAGGGAGUACUCCUACCCAAAGAUGGGCCAAACCAAUCCCGCCGCCCGACUCUACGUGGUCACCCUGGACGGCAGCUCCCUCACGACGGAGCUCCGACCUCCAGACAGCUUCGAGAGGAGUCCGUUCUACAUCACCAUGGUGAAAUGGGUGACGCACGACAAGCUGAGCGUGCGUUGGGUAAACCGAGCCCAGAACGUGUCAAUUCUGUCGCUGUGCGACGUGACGCUCGGCUCCUGCGUGAAGAAACAUGUGUUGACGUCGGAGAAGUGGCUGGAUCGACAGAAUGAGGAGCCGGUGUUUUCCAAGGACUGCUCGACUUUCUUCAUCACCAUGCCCCUGAAGCACGGCGGCCAGGGGACGUUCAACCACAUCACAAUGAUCUCCAACCAGUCAGACGGUCAAGAGGUCAACAUCCGCCACCUGACCUCGGGAAGCUGGGAGGUCUCUCAAAUCCUCGGCUACGACGAGAGCACAAACUCUGUUUAUUUCCUGAGUUCAGAGGAAGGUGCGAUGCAGCGCCACCUGUACAGAGUGUCCUCGGUGGAUCCAUCUCAGAAAGAAUGUCUGACCUGCUCCCUUUACAAACCCCGGUGCAGCUUCUACGACGCGCUGCUGAGCCCCAGCUACCAGCACGUCCUGCUCAACUGCAGAGGUCCCGGAAUGCCUCAAACUACACUUCACAAACUGAAUUACAUGUCUGAGCACAAGACUCUGGACAGAAACGCGGAAUUAAGACAAGCAUUGAUCAACAGGACAGUUCCCAAGUGGGACAGAAGGAUCGUACAAGUCAACAACCUUGCACUUCGGAUGGAGUUAAUCAUCCCAAUCAACUUUGAUGAAACCAAAGAGUAUCCACUCUUACUGGUUCUUGACAGCGCCCCCGGUGGUCAGGCCGUGAGCGACCGCUUCUCGCUGGGCUGGGAAUCGGUGCUGGUCAGCUCGGACAGCGUGAUCGUGGCCCGUCUGGACGGCCGAGGCAGCGGCUUCCAGGGCCAGAGGAUCCUGCACGAGGUCCACCAGAGGCUGGGGACCGUCGACGCUCAGGACCAGAUCGCCGCGGUCCAGUACCUGGUCAGGCUGCCUUACAUCGAUGGAAAGAGAGUUGGAGUCUAUGGAAAGGCGUACGGAGGCUUCCUGUCCACAGUUCUGCUCCUCUCCCAUAACUCCGUGUUCCAGUGCGGCGUCGCUGUGGCUCCAGUCACUAACUGGAAGCUCUACGGGUCGGCGCUGGCGGAGAAAUACUUCGGCUUCCCUGUGAAAGAGGAUCAGAAAUAUCAGGUUUCCAGUCUGCUCAGUAACAUCACAGCGCCGGGUCCUCUCAGCUUCCUCAUCAUGCACGGCACAGCAGAUGCGACGGUUCAUUUCCAGCAUUCGGCUGAGCUGGUGAAGCUGCUGUCAGCCUCCAAAGUGAACUACACCCUCCAGAUUUUCCCAGAUGAAGGACACGACCUGGCCUCCGCCAAGAGCCGCAGCUACAUGUUAACCUCGCUGCUGACCUUCUUCAGGCGCUGCUUCGAGGAGGAGCCACCGGUUGACAAGCCGGCUAAAGAAGACGAAUAG